AUGGCUAUGCCUCCCCCACCUCCCAGAAUCCCUAAUCCCUCUUCUUCUUCUUCUUCUUCUUCUUCUUCUUCUGAUGAGAAGAGCGUGCCAGAAACCGCAAUAUCAGAACCGCCACCAACUACUACUACUACUUCAACCGAUUCAGCAGCCAUGCCUCCUCCUCGAAUUCCAGAACCACCUUCUUCUUCCAAUUCAGACGAUUCAACUGAACCUCGACCACCACAACAACCGCCUCAGCCGCCAAAGCCAUCGUCUUCUUCUUCUUCUUCUCAGGGCAUACCGAUUCCCUACAAGAUCCCUCCAUGGAGCUCUGCUCCCUGCCACGAGUUCUGCCUCGAGGUCCUCAAAGAUGGCGCCAUCAUCGACAAAUACGACGUGCAUGAGAAGGGGGCGUAUAUGUUUGGGAGAUUGGACCUCUGUGAUUUUGUACUGGAGCAUCCCACCAUUUCGCGGUUUCAUGCAGUUCUACAAUUCAAGAGAAAUGGUGAUGCAUAUCUGUAUGAUCUUGGGAGUACACACGGUACUUUUUUGAACAAGAAUCAGGUGGAGAAAAACACAUAUGUUGACUUGCAUGUUGGUGAUGUCAUUCGAUUUGGCCAGUCAUCUCGCCUGUUCAUUUUUCAAGGGCCGUCUGAGUUGAUGCCUCCAGAAAUCAACAAAAAAUUCAUUCGAGAAAUGAAAAUGCGCGAAGUAAUGCUAGACAAGGAAGCUUCACUCCAACGAGCAAGGCUGGAAGCAUCUCUCUCUGAUGGUGUAUCAUGGGGCAUGGGUGAGGAUGCUAUUGAGGAAGAGGAGGACGAUGUGGAUGAAGUGACUUGGCAGUCAUAUAAAGGACAGCUCACAGAAAAACAGGAAAAAACACGUGAGAAGAUACUAAAAAGGAUGGAAAAGAUUUCAAACAUGAAGAAAGAAAUCAACUCUAUACGAGUUAAAGACAUUUCUCAGGGUGGGCUGACUCAAGGCCAACAGACUCAAAUUGCUAGGAAUGAGCAAAGAAUAACACAGGUAUUGGAAGAACUUGAAAACUUGGAAGAGACACUGAAUGACAGUAUACGAGAAAGCAUAGGUGCUCGUACAGGAAAAAUAUCUCGUGGAAAGAAGAAAGGUGUUGUGGAAGAUGAAGAUGAAUAUCUCAGCGACGGUGACGAUGAAUUUUUUGACCGCACAAAGAAAACGUCUUCUCGCCAGAAGCCUGGUGACAACCAAUCUAUUGAGACUGCUGAUACUCUUCUGGAUAAAAAAGAUGCCAUUAUCCAGGAGAUGAAUGAGAAGAAAGAGUUGCUUAUAAUUGAAAAGAAUAAAAUGUCAUCAGAGUCUGCCAAACAAGAUGAAGUUGAUGAUUCCCUUGAUGCUUACAUGUCUGGACUUUCAUCCCAACUUGUUCAAGACAAAAGUGUGCAGCUUGAGAAGGAAUUGUCAACUCUUCAGUCCGAGUUGGAUAGGAUUUGCUACUUAUUGAAGAUUGCUGACCCAACAGGCGAAGCUGUCAAGAAAAGGGAGUUGAAAGCACAAGAACCCAAAUCAAACAAAUCUCAGGAAGUUGCCUCUAACAUAAAAAAGAAACCACAAGCAAAAACCCAGAAAAUCAGUGAACCUUGUAUUAAGGUCGAUAACAAGAAACCACUUGUGGAAACCCAGAAAAUCAGUGACACUUGUGCAAAGGCAGAUAACUCCAUACAAGAAGGGAAACCUGGAGAUGCAACUAUGGAUUUGGACAAGUCAGAACCUGGAAGUGACAAAGUGGAGGGUGAGAAUGUUGUAUACACGGUUCCAAAGCCCCAGUGGCUUGGGGCUGUAGAGGACAGGGUUACAGAUGAUAACCAACAACCAAUAGCCCCUUUGCAUGAUACGGACGAGUCCAACCAGUUCGUUGACUACAAGGACAGGAACAAAAUUUUGGGUUCAGGUGAUGAUGCAAAGACUAGAGAAUCUAAUAUUCAGUCUGCUGCUCCUGGUCUGAUUUUAAGGAAAAGAAAACAAGUUGAGAUGACGGGUGCAAAUAGUAAUGAUGUCACUCGGCAAUCGACUUCUGCUCCUGUGGGUGAAAAAAUGGCUGAGGAUGCUGUGGCUUUAUUAUUAAAGCACAAAAGGGGAUUGUAUGCAACUGAUGAUGUGGAAAACCAAGAUGAGGAGAAGAGGAAGCCUAAAAGAGUGCUUGGGCCUGAGAAACCAUCAUUUUUGAACGAUCAGACAGAUGACACAUGGGUUCCCCCUGAAGGACAAUCAGGUGAUGGACGAACUUCUUUGAAUGACAAAUAUGGCUACUGAGCAGAUUUGUGCAUAACGUUGCCGAUUUCGAGAAAUAAUGGAUAUCGAUGGAGGAUUCGGAAGAACCUGGUAAGAGUCAUUGAACCUGCAGAGUUGGUUGGACAACUCAUUGACCUGCGUCCUUUUAUCAACUGGAAGUGGAAGGAUGACGAUGAGGUUACUUGGUGUUUAAGUUACAACAGUAGUGUAUUUAGUAGACAUGGCAAGUUAAGAUGCACUUUACCAUUAGUACAGCCACAGGAUAUCAGAAUGCUACUAACAAGUGACUUUCUUUCUUUUUUUUUUUUUAAGUAUAGAAUGGAGUCAUUUGGAAAACAAUUUUGUUGCUGCCACUGUAAAGGUUUAUUUGAAGUAGGUGUGUGGUGUUAAGAGGAUUAAUGGAGGGCUCCAUUGUGAUAGGGAAAUGACAUUUCAAUAUUUCAUCAUGUUAAAGGUGGUUUACAAAUGUAGAUGCUUAUGAAAAAUCUUCAUUGUUUUCCCAUAUCCAUGAAGAUGUUUAUUUAAGGAAGGAAAGAUUAGUA